GUACUUCCGGUUUGACUCCGCUGAGAACGCUGGGAAAAUGAGUGCAGAGUCCUAAAUAAUUGAAGCCCCCUCAAAUCGUGUCUUUCUCCACUGCGAACAAGAUAUGCCGGCUGUACAUCACAAACUCCUUCUGGAGGAAGCCCUGCAGGACAGCCCUCAGACUCGUUCCCUGCUCAGCGUGUUUGAGGAGGAUGCGGCGAACCUCACCGAAUACACCAACCAGCUGCUGCAGUCCAUGCAGCGAGUGUAUGGAGCUCAGAGCGAGAUGGCUUUGGCCACAGAGCAGCUCUCCCAGCAGCUUCUUUCAUACGAGAAGAAAAAUUUUGCCCUCGGGAAAGGUGACGAAGAAGUAAUCGGGACGCUGCAGGACUUCGCCAAAACAGUAGACGAGCUGAACUCACUCCACUCAGAGCUCGCCAACCAGAUGGCCGACACCAUGGUCUUUCCCUUGAUCCAGUUCAGAGAAAAAGACCUUACGGAAAUAAGCACGCUGAAGGAAAUAUUUGGCAUUGCCACCGACGAACACGAGGCAGCCAUGGUCAAAUACAGCCGUCUACCCAAAAAGAGGGAAAAUGAGAAGCUGAAAGCCGACCUGGUGAAAGAGGUGGCGUACACCCGUAGGAAGCAGCAUCAGGCCUCGCUGCAGUAUUACUGCGCCCUCAAUGCCCUGCAGUACCGUAAGAGGGUCGCCAUGUUGGAACCCAUGCUGGGAUACACACAGGCACAGGUCAGUUUCUUCAAAAAAGGUCUGGAGCACGUGUCAAAGAAGAUGGACAGUUUCCUCACCUCUGUGUCCAACAUGACUCAAAAUAUUCAGGCUCAGCUGGACGCCGAUGCGGAAGCCAUGCGAGUGUCCCAGAAGGAGCUCCUUUCUGUGGACGACUCGGUCUACAUGCUGGACCAGGACUCUGAGCCAGUCAACCGCACUCUUAUCCAGAAGGCUGGUUUCCUCAACAUUAGAAAUAAAACGGGCCUGGUGACCACAGCCUGGGACCGCCUCUAUUUCUUCACGCUGGGGGGGAACCUCAUGUGCCAGCCCCGGGGGGCUGUGGCCGGGGGCAUGGUGCUGGACCUGGACAACAGUUCCGUCAUGGCCAUCGAGUGUGAAGACCGACACUACUGUUUCCAAAUCACAUCGCCAUCGGGAAAAGCGUCCAUGAUUCUACAAGCAGAGAGCAAAAAGGAAUAUGAAGAAUGGAUUUGCACUGUCAACAACAUCUCCAGACAGAUCUACCUGACCGACAACCCAGAGGCCGUGGCUAUCCGCUUGAACCAAACUGCCAUCCAGGCCGUCACGCCCAUCACCAGCUUUGAGAAGAGGCAGGAAGGCUCACCUGACCCUGACAGAGCAAAACCAGGAGGCGUCUACACCACCAGUGCCGUGUCCCAGAAGACGGGAGCCGCCCCGGAACCAGAAGACCUGAUCGCCCCCGGGACGCCCAUCCAGUUUGACAUCGUGCUGCCCGCCUCUGAAUUCCAGGAUCAGAACAGAGUGGACGGGAGGCGCACAAAUCCAUUUGGAGAAAGCGAUGACGACUGUUCCGGUGAAAGCGACGACGCCCUAUUGCAGCAGGUGUUUGCCGUGCGCUUCCUGGGCUCCAUGGCGGUGCGCUGCGGCGACAACCAGGAGGUGAUCUACGAGGCCAUGAGGCAGGUGCUGGCCGCCCGAGCCAUACACAACAUCUUCAGGACCACCGAGUCCCACCUCAUGGUCACCAGCAGCUGUCUCAGGCUGAUUGACCCUCAGACUCAGGUGACAAGAAUAAGUUUUCAGUUGCGGGAGGUGUGUCAGUUUGCGGCUCACCAGGAGAACAGCAGGCUGAUGGGCUUCGUGGUGGAGGGUCGAGACUGGAGCGACGGCGGCCAAGACGGCGAGCCUUCAUUUAGCGCCUUCGUCUUUGAGAGCAACACAGAGGGCGAGAAGAUCUGUUACACCAUGAGUCUCGCUAAGGACAUCACAGAAGCCAAGAAGGACCCUGUAGCGCUGGCCCAGAUCAUGAAGAACAUGCCGCUGACCAACGACGGCAAAUUCCUGCUGCUGGAACCUGAGAGCAGCGACGCUGCCGACGGGGACGCACUAGAGGACCUGGAAUCUGAGGCCUAGAGGCAGAAACUCAACCGGGACCAAUCCAGGAAUGAAUGAAGGUCUGAUCAUAAUGUUUGUUGACCGCGGAACUGCAACAUGCUCGCUCAUAAUCAUAAACAUAAACGGCAGAAACAUAAAUGUCAUAAAAAGCUGUGAGGGCUCAAGUUCUAAAGUUCUGCUUCUCACUUUCAUUUUCAUGCAAAAUUGGCUCAACUGGAGUUUCAUGAAGGAUUCACUUGGUCCUUUUUAGCAAAUGAAUUGUUUGGAAUGUAGCGUUUACCGUAAUUCCUCCAAUAGUGGCCCCCAGGAAAAUCAAUCAUUGGCCAAAAAAUAAACGUCAUGUCAAAUCUCUGCCGCACUUUCAAUGAGUGACAAGGGCAAGAUGUAAAACCAAAUGAAUAUUAGCAUUCAUUUGUGAAAAUAACACGUAUAAAUAAUGAAUGUUGUCUUAUUAUUGCAACUGUAUCCUUUAAAAAUGACACCUUUUGCAAUAUAUUUUCAGUAAAAAGAUCACUUUCCUUUGUAAAAUUAUGCCUUAAUGCUUAGAAAAUUACAGCAUUAUUUCUCAAACAAUAUGAUUUCAUUCUUUUAAAGUUGUUACUUGUGAAGUAACAUUUAAUGUCAGUAUAAUCAGGACUUUCCCCCUAAUAUGACGUAAUUCUUAUGAAAUGAUACUUCUAUUAAAAGAUGACGUAAUAUCAGGCAUUCAGGACACGUCCUCGGUGGUUUAUUUGAAGUGACAAAGACAAAUGAUGACGUGACAAAUAUGAAAAUAUACUUGGUGGCAGAACAUUUUCUCUCAAUAUACGAUCUUUGGUCAUGCACAGCUGAACCCGCUCCGUUGUCGGUACGAUAUUGUCAUGUCAGUUAAAGUAGAAGGUUGGGAGUUCAAAUCCAUGUUGAAGUCAAGUUUCUAAACUGAUGUUUUAAUGAUGUUGAUAUUGUUUAAUAUUCUUAAAGGGGAAGUGCACUUUCUGGGCAAUUUUGCCUAUCGUUCACAAUCAUUAUGAAAGACUACGAUAGAUGUAUUUUUCCUAAUGCAUUUUAAAUAUUAAAUAAGCGUAAAUAAAAGUCAGCUUACAGCGGAGCCAAUGGGAGGUCCAUUAUUCCGCCCAUAAAAUCCAAUAACUAACUAUUCAAAAAGCGCCAACAAUACUCCAUUUACAUUUGGAGACUUGAAUAUUAACAAGUAUUAGUGAUAUUGUUAUUAUAAGCGCUAACACAGAUGCACUAUUUAUAGUGGUGACGUGAUCACUUCCUGUGUGUCUAUGUUUACAUCAUCGAGUGGUCUGCUGUUUCCUUGCUUUCUUGCUCCCUGUAAAUUUAUUGUAGAUCAUAAAUCAUGCAUCUCACCUGAACAGUAGAUGGCUGAGGAUAUAAUCUGACAAGUUGGGACACUUUGACAGCCGUAGCAGACGUUGAACUGGCGAGAACCACACGAAAAGUACCUUUACCCCCGCCUCCCACCCCGUUUAUUUGCGAGGAUUAUGAGUAAUUUUUCAUCUAAAUGGGAAUUUAUGAACAUCCUAGCAGUCCAAUGACAGCAGACAUUUUACAGUAAGUGAUGUUUUAUGUUUGUUGGCUCUAAUAAAGUCUGCAGCGAGUAAUAAUCAGUGAUGAAGAAAAAAAAGCAAACAUUGAGAUGCGUUUUUGAAAUUAAUGCUUUGUGUAUGCUCAAAAUGAUCAAAAUAGGUAUAUAUUAAAUAUUCUAAAUGUUACUUACAUCAUGUAUAUAAAACCCUAAUGGAGAUGUUUGGAUGUUUUUUUAAAGGGUUUAUAGGCAGAAUUGAAAGGCUCCUAUAGGCUCCAUUGUAAGCAGACUUUUAUUUACGUUUAAUAUUUAGAAUGCAUGGGGGGAAAAAAAUCCAUCCGCCGUCAUGAUUGUGAACGAUAGACAACAUUCCAAAAAAAGUGCACUUCCCCUUUAAGUUCAGCAUAGUAAUUGAAAAAGUGUUCAUUGUAAUAUUGUUUAUCUGGUGCUGAGUUACACAUGAUUUCAGCCUUUCAAAGCUCCUCUUGAACUUCCAUUUUUUGACCUCUGUAUUUGUCAAAUCCUAGUUACGGCCCUGUCAUGUCGUUAUUCUCAUCAAAUCAUACAAUUGGAUUUAAUCACAAUAUGACUUUUCCCCUUCAUCAUAUAAUUUUUCUAAUUGAUACAAUACAACUUCCUUUCCCUGUAAUGUUACAAAUUAUUUUGUAAAUUUAGGAAUAUUUCCCAUAGUACUUUUAAAAUGAAAUUUUGUCUGACAAUAAUGCUUCUUUUUGCUUGUAAACAAAGUCAUUUUUAUAUAUAUAAUUUCCAACUGUUUUCCUAUGAUAUGAAUACUAAGGAUUUAUGUAUGUCAGUACUGCAGUUGCCACAGCAAGAGGAAAUACGGUAACGCUUGUAUGUUUUCGCAAUGUUGCUGCCACCGUGUGGACGGCAGAAGCAUUGCAUGCUGUCUCAGCAGCGUCAACCUAGUAGUAAGAAACACUCCAGUUUACAGACUUUUGAAGUCCUAUCAGCAGACCUCAGAUCAGCUCAACAAAGUCUUCACUGACACUUCUUGGUAAGGAAAGAUGUCAUUUGCUUAGGUUUACAUUUAAUAUAUAUUUUUGUAGCUUUUCUUUUCUUAUGCAUUUACAUUUUCAUCUUUAAUGAACGUUUUGCACUCUAAAGGGAUGAUGUGUGUUGUUGUUUGAAUAGUAGUUCUUUUUGAAGGCUUGAGAUUGCACUAAUGAAAACAUUCCAUCAGCAUUGCAUGAUCAGCAUCAGGCAAAGGAAAUCACCACUAAUUGUGUUGUUUGUGUGUAUGUACCAACAUCAACAAGUACAGUAUGUUCCAUUGUAAUUAGUCAUGUGACUCACAGCAAACAUACAAAUAAACGCAUGGGAUCUUUAAUAA